AUGUCAGACCAGAACAGCACCGACGAUGGGGAGUCGGACCCCCAGCACAGCCUGUCUAUGGUCUUCCUCCUCGUCCUCGUCUUCUUCAUCAUGGGGCUGGUGGGUUUCCUGAUCUGCCAUGUCCUGAAGAAGAAGGGUUACCGGUGCCGGACUUUCCGGGACGAGCUCGACCCAGAUAACAAAGAUGUGCUGGCGGAGCUCCAGGCCAAUGAAGAGGAGGAGCUGAACGAGGACACCGUGGAGAAGAUUGUGAGAUGCAUCAUCCAAAAUGAAGCAAAUGCGGAGGCCCUCAAAGAGAUGCUGGGGGACAAUGAAGGGGACAUCCCAGUGGCAGUGCCCAGCCUUUGUCCCCACCGUAACAGCCAGGACGGGGGCCCACCACAUCACCACACCGUGCACCUGGGCUCCACGCAGGCCCCCUGCAUCCACUGCAGCAAGAGGAAGAGGCACCCGCUGCAGCGACAAGGGCGCUCCAAGGAGGGCAAAGGCAGGAUGCAUCCUGGAGAGACCACGGUCUUCUCAGUGGGCAGGUUUCGUGUCACCCACAUCGGGAAGAAGCCCACUCUCCACGAGCAGCAGGACGGGCCCCUGCCCGCCGGCAGCCGGGCGCCGAGCACGGAGGAGCUGGAGCACAGCAGUGACCGGCCCCGCAACGGGACUGUCCCCACGGGUGGCUUGCAGAACGGGACCCUCCGGAAGGGCGUCCAGAGCAGCAAAGGCGGGGAGCAGAGCCGCUCCACCACCCCAAACACACCGGCCAGCUCCGGCACUCGUGACAGCCGGCAGUCGGCCAAGGGCUCCGGCGUCGCUCCAGGGAGCACCAGCCGCCAGCGGAAGCUCCCGAGCCGCAGGGUGCUGGGAGGGUCGAGCCCCAGUAUCCCGGGAGAGCUGGUGCAAGAAGGAGGCAGCAUCUACCUGGAGGAGAUCGGACUCGGGUCGGCAGACGAAGUGUCGGAUAUUCAUGGGAGCCUGAGUCUGCAUGAACAGGCUGAUGAGUUGGGAAGAGACGAUGGUGGGAGAAAAGAGCCUGGAGAGGAGAAUGUGAGGCAGAAGGAGCCCAGCACGGUGGUGCAGGACCGAGGAGCGACCGUGUGA